UUCGACUACUACUUGGUGGAGGUGUUGUACAAUAGCAAUGAAAGCGACAUGCUUACGCCCCAUCGAGUGGGUUCUUGUGCUAAUGGCACUGCCGUACACCACAGUCAAACUCAGAUCACCUGCGACAAGUUUAAGGCAUGUGCCAACGUAACUUUCACAGUGCACGCGCAUGUCGAGACUGCCUCGCAACUCACAUUCUCUGGAACAACGUUGAGAGGUAUUUUUCUCCCAGGAAAAGACCUUCCUGAAGUGAGGCAGCUGAAAUUGACAGCGAUGGACAAGGAUUCCAUAACUGUUUCCUGGCAACCACCGGAGGGCUGCUUUGACGGCUACAUAGUAGAAGUCGCUCCAGAAAACAGCGGAAGCAGUGGUGGGGGAGGCCUGAGUGUGGGCUCCUGUGCGGGUGGAAUCAGUGUUGACGCUGAACACACUAGCAUCACGUGCAGGAAAAUAGAAGCUUGCAGCGUGAAAAUCACCGUACGUAAGCACAGAAAAAAACAUCUGGAGUUUACUUCACCUGGUGUCACCCUAAACAACGUUGUCAUGUACAAAAAAGAUAUUCCAGAGGUGCUACCGACGCUUGAAGUGGCUAAUGACACAUUUGUACUGCGCUGGAACCAGCCACCUGGCUUCUUCGACAAGUACAAUCUCGUGGUCACCUAUCAACCUUACGAACAUUCGAUCUUUAAAACGCCACGUAUUGGUUCAUGUGUUGGGACAACCCAUCGAGAGCCUGAUGUUACAAGUGUUACUUGUUCCAAUCUGCCAGCCUGCGCAAACACCAGUGUAAUCCUGCGCACUCAGCGAAAUGGACCACAUGGACGUGUUUCACGUGGUGAAGCAUUGUCAGUGUAUUCUAAACAAGGAGCUCUAGUGGACUUUGACCUGUACCUUGAAAAAGUGACAACGACUACGGCUGAUAUCAUAAUAGACCCACAUCUUCCACGGUCCUGCCCACCGCGUUACUGCAGGGCGUUGAUAUGUCGCUUUUACAAGAGUGGAGCGAUCGUGGUGGGUCACCAUCUUUCACAACUCGCGCUACAUUCAAACCCGCACAGCGAUCUUCAGUAAAACUAAUUUAGGAAUCAUCAGUUUUUCUUUAGAAAAUUGGGCAAUUCUAAACGCGCUGCAGUGAACCGGAAAUAUGUCCUUCCGUUUAUGUCAUUCUCUCACUCAACACGCUUCCAACCAUGAAGAAAUACGUCGAUGAUA